AGCCGCUCGACUGCCGCGCUGCACCAGCUUCCUCCUCGGCGUUUCCACGCCUAUUUGGGCGGAUUCUUGGCCCCCGAGGAAGAGGUAGGAACACCGUCUCUCCACGUCAGAGACCUGACUGUGGAGAUGGCGGCUCAGAAGAUAAACGAGGGGCUGGAACACCUCGCCAAAGCAGAGAAAUACCUGAAAACUGGUUUUUUAAAAUGGAAGCCAGAUUAUGACAGUGCCGCUUCUGAAUAUGGAAAAGCAGCUGUUGCUUUUAAAAAUGCCAAACAGUUUGAGCAAGCAAAAGAUGCCUGCCUGAGGGAAGCUGUUGCCCAUGAAAAUAAUAGGGCUCUUUUUCAUGCUGCCAAAGCUUAUGAGCAAGCUGGAAUGAUGUUGAAGGAGAUGCAGAAACUACCAGAGGCUGUUCAGCUAAUUGAGAAAGCCAGCAUGAUGUAUCUGGAAAACGGCACCCCAGACACUGCAGCCAUGGCUUUGGAGCGAGCUGGAAAGCUUAUAGAAAAUGUUGAUCCAGAGAAGGCUGUACAGUUAUAUCAACAGACAGCUAAUGUGUUUGAAAAUGAAGAGCGCUUACGGCAGGCAGUUGAAUUACUAGGAAAAGCCUCCAGACUGCUAGUGCGAGGACGUAGGUUUGAUGAGGCGGCACUCUCUAUUCAGAAAGAAAAAAAUAUUUAUAAGGAAAUUGAGAAUUAUCCAACUUGUUAUAAGAAAACAAUUGCUCAAGUCUUAGUUCAUCUCCACAGAAAUGACUAUGUAGCUGCAGAAAGAUGUGUCCGGGAGAGCUAUAGCAUCCCCGGGUUCAACGGCAGCGAGGACUGUGCUGCACUGGAACAGCUUCUUGAAGGUUAUGACCAGCAAGACCAAGAUCAAGUGUCAGAUGUCUGCAGCUCACCGCUUUUCAAGUACAUGGACAAUGACUAUGCUAAGCUGGGCCUGAGUUUGGUGGUUCCAGGAGGGGGAAUCAAGAAGAAAUCACCCGCGACACCACAGGCCAAGCCUGAUGGUGUCACUGCCACAGCUGCUGAUGAAGAGGAAGACGAAUACUCAGGAGGACUAUGCUAGUAUUUUGCUGAAAAGAAAAGGGAAACAAAGGUGAUGAUGAAGUGCAUUCUGUAGCAGCAGCGCAGCUGGGCUUUAAACCACACAGAAGGCUGUGUCCAAAGGCAGCCUCCUUCACCCUUCCUGCCCACGGUGAGGACUGAAUAACCAGGACUUGGGGAUAUUCUUUGUUGUCAGGGUUAUUCUAUGUGGUAAAGAGUAUUUGGUUCACAUUUAUACAUUUUCUUUUUCCACUCACAUAAGUUUCUAUCUUGAGAGCAUAGUCCAAAGUGUAAUACUUGGUGUUUACAAGAAUUGUCUUCCAGAACUCCACUGUCAUCACUUUCACCAAAGCGGAAGUCUGCAUGAAUACGCUCAGAAUCUAAUAUUCAACAUUCUGUUACAUUGUAAGUGAAGUCCACCUACAAAAUAGAUUUAAUAUAUUGAAUUUAUUUGUACAUAUGCAGAGUAUGGUAUUCGUGUAUGGAAUCUGCUUUAUUCCUAUUUUUUCCAACUCUGAUGAGUAGAAUAUUAAAUGUGUUGUUAUGGAAAUGCAGAGUAUUGCUUCUAUAGGAAGAUAAUUAUGAAAAUAAAACCUGAAACUAUGUAAAU